AUGCCAGCUUCUGCGGUGUCGAACCGUCCGGCCGAUAAGGUCGCAGAUGAAUUUCAUCGAGCUUCUCUUCCCCGCGAAGCUUCUUCUUCUUCCUCAAGCUCUUUCGAUACCCCAGGUCCUUACAGCGUCGCAUCCACUGCUAGCAAUACAGCAAGCUCCUCUGACUUUGAUCUCUACGAACCGCUUCCCCGUCCCCGCGAUUUCAGCCACACUGCCACGAUGCCUCAAGCUCAGCCAGACCUGAAGCAGUACUUGGACAAGCGCGUCCAUGUCCAGAUCAAUGGCAACCGCCACCUCACUGGUGUCAUCAUCGGAUAUGAUACCUUCAUGAACAUCAUCCUUGACGCGUCGACCUGGGAGCAGCGCGCCGGUGGUGCUAAACACCCCGUUGGCGAGUGUUUCAUCCGUGGUAAUUCUAUUAUUACCAUUGAGGCACUCGAGCGCAUCGGUGACCACUAG